AGGCUCACUGCCCCCUACUUCAAAAAACCUCCACAUCCCAAACCUUCUCCAUGUGCUUUUCAACGGCCUUUCCCUAAAACAGGAAGCUACAAGGCGAAGUGAAACCGAAGGGGGUCCCGAGUUAGCGGCGACGAGGCUGUUUUUGUUGAAGUUUUUUUUCUUAUUUGGCCCGGUAUUCCCAGUAAACCAGGAAAAUUGCUUGGUGUAGCUGUAUUGGUGAGAAGGCUCGGGAGGAGGUGAAACUGCGGGAUAUGAUGACUGAGAAAGAGACGGCGACAGAGAAGCUAAUAUCAGAUGCGAUGGCUAAUCCUUCUCCAGCAAAGAGCAUGGGUGACCCUGGAAUCACCCCACUGUCUCCUUCACAUACUCAGCAAAACGACACAGACCAGGUACCGUCAGGGCCCUCCUUUGUGGUGGUGGUUGCCAUUGACUUUGGCACGACAUCCAGCGGAUAUGCUUAUGCCUUUACUAAGGAGCCAGAGUGCAUUCACACUAUGAGGCGUUGGGAAGGUGGGGACCCUGGUGUGUCCAAUCAGAAGACUCCAACCACCAUCCUGCUGACUCCAGACAGGAAGUUUCACAGUUUUGGCUAUGCGGCCCGUGACUUCUACCAUGACCUUGACCCCAGCGAUUCCAAACACUGGCUCUAUCUGGAAAAAUUCAAAAUGAAGCUCCACACCACUGCAAAUUUGUCCAUCGACACAGACCUCCAUGCAGCCAAUGGGAAACGAGUGAAAGCUCUGGAUAUCUUUGCAUAUGCAUUGGCCUUCUUUAAGGAGCAAGCACUGAAGGAGCUUAGUGAUCAAACAGGCGGUGACUUUGACAACAAUGAUGUAAGAUGGGUGAUCACUGUUCCUGCCAUCUGGAAAAUGCCUGCAAAACAGUUCAUGAGGGAAGCUGCCUAUAAGUCUGGUCUGGUGUACCGUGACAAUCCAGAGCAGCUGAUCAUCGCCUUAGAACCAGAGGCAGCAUCAAUCUAUUGCCGCAAGCUCCGCCUCCACCAGAUGGUGGACCUGGGCACCCAUACCACCCAGAACGGCUGCAGCCCUACUGACAACGUAGGCAGUGGAAUGACCCAAGUCUCUCCAGGUCAUGCAAAGGAGCAUGUUCGGCGCAACCGGCAGAGCCGCACCUUUUUGGUGGAAAAUGUCAUAGGGGAACUUUGGUCGGAGCUGGAAGAAGGGGACCGUUAUGUGGUGGUGGACUGUGGUGGAGGAACGGUGGACCUGACUGUGCAUCAAAUCCGUCUUCCAGAGGGACAUCUAAAGGAGCUCUACAAGGCCUCAGGUGGACCCUACGGCUCCAUCGGGAUUGAUUAUGAAUUUGAGAAGCUGCUGUGCAAGAUCUUUGGCCAGGAUUUUAUCGACCAGUUUAAAAUCAAAAGACCGGCUGCCUGGGUGGACCUGAUGAUUGCGUUUGAGUCUCGAAAGAGGGCAGCAGCACCUGACAGAACAAACCCCCUCAAUAUUAACCUACCCUUCUCCUUUAUUGACUACUACAAGAAGUUCAGGGGCCACAGUGUGGAACACGCCCUGCGCAAAAGCAAUGUGGAUUUUGUUAAAUGGUCGUCUCAGGGAAUGCUAAGGAUGAGUCCAGAUGCUAUGAAUUCCCUCUUCAAGCCCACCAUAGACCAUAUCAUCCAACAUCUCACUGAGCUCUUUGAGAAGCCAGAGGUGAGCGACAUCAAGUUCCUGUUCUUAGUGGGAGGUUUUGCUGAGUCCCCCUUGCUGCAGCAUGCUGUCCAGGACAUGCUCCAGGGCCGCAGCCGCAUCAUCAUACCCCAUGACGUUGGCCUGACCAUUCUGAAAGGUGCUGUGCUGUUUGGCCUGGACCCUAGUAUCAUUAAAGUCCGCCGCUCGCCCCUCACAUACGGGGUGGGCGUCCUCAAUCGCUUUGUGGAGGGCAAGCACCCGCCAGAGAAGCUUCUGGUGAAGGAUGGCACGCGCUGGUGCACUGAUGUUUUUGACACCUUUAUUGCUGCUGACCAGUCUGUGGCACUGGGUGAGAUGGUGAAGCGGAGCUACACGCCGGCCAAGCCCUCUCAGCAGGUUAUCGUCAUCCACGUCUACUGCUCAGAGAAGGAGAAAGUGGGCUUCAUUAGCGAGUCCAGCGUCCGGAAGUGUGGGACACUUCGUUUGGAUGUGAGCGGAACGGAAAGCACAGCUCCACGCCGUGAGAUCCAGACGCUCAUGCAGUUUGGUGACACAGAGAUCCGGGCCAUGGCGGUGGAUGUGUCCACCGGGCGCACCGUUAAAGCUAGCAUUGACUUCCUAAGCCAUUAAGAAGGAAACAAGGGAGCCAAUGUUCCAAAAUUGUUGAGAAAUGGAAACAUACACCUUCCAUACAUACACACACACAGACACAACAAGCUGGGGGUAUUUACUGGAAAGUGUUUACUGGUAAUGAAUCUUAAGGCUAAGUGACUCAGUUUAAGUGGUAGGGGUUUAGAUGGGGUGGUAGAUGGUUUUAAGUGUUAAACUUCACUUAAACUCAGGCUGACAUUUAACUGUAGAAUCUGCUACAACAAGGAAAAGAAAAAGACAAUCUGGAUGAGUUCAGUGUGUUUAAGGUCUAUCAUCUCACUCCAGCACUGUAGUCCAUUUGCUGAGGAGCUCCAUGAUGUCAACACACUCAUUACAAACCCAUAUAUCCCCUGCUGAGGCUACAGCUUUGUUCAGUUACGUUGAAGAGCUCCUGACAUUGAACAUAAAGGCUUAUUCGCUUCUUAUUCACCCUUUCAGCCAUAAUGUAUUACAGGACAGCUUAUCAAAUAUUGUCUCGGUGCAUUCCAGAGAAAAGGCACUCAAAGCCAAGAAAAACAAGACGUACAGUAUAAUAUUCUAAUGCAAACAUGGUGGAUACACACUCAAAAUACAUCUAUACAUGCUUCAGUUUGUCAGAUUACAGCAGAUCGUUGUAUAUAUAUGUGCAUCACUUAACAGUUUGUGUGUAAAAAGGUACAUAAUAACAUGUCAUCAAGCUUGGACGGAAGGUCUAGAUACUCUGUGCUCCAAAUAUUACAUCAGCUCCACUUCACUACAGUUCUGAAGGCCAUACCAGUGGUUUUGUAUGAUUCGACCCUUUAAACAGAGCCAAAUGCCAGCCAUUUUCCAGAACAUACCAUUUUAUUUCAAAUUUACAUUAUUUCAGAAAGCAAGAGUUAUCUGCUGCAGAGAACACGUAGUAAGCUAAAAUUCUUGUGAUGUCGAUGUAAGACCAGUGCAUUAUGUGAGGGCAAACAACAUACAGUCAUAAUAAUAAACCAUAAGCCUAACAAGCUCUGUAUGAUUAUGUAAAACAUAUUAGUUAUGGAUGAUGAUGGAACCAGAUAAACAGCUUUCACAGCCUCUCUUGUUCUGUUGCAUGUAGAAAUGAUGUCUUUCUUACUAAUUUAGAGACUAUCCCCAUUGACAGCCAGGCUUUGUUGAACAUUUUAACUUUGUUGAACAUUUUAACUUCACCUACUGAAGUAUCAAUGCUUGUUACCAAAUGACAGUCAUUUCACAGUACCCUGGAGAACAGAACCAUAGGUAUUUACAUUGUAAAGGUAAGGUAAGAACGAGUCUGAAAACUGAUGGCAUACUUUGACCAUAAUGUCAGGUUUUUAAUUUAAUCAAUGGGCCAAAUCAAGCAAAACCACCAGUAUGUUCCUUUAACAUUGUCCACAGUUAAAUCUGAAUCCAUGAAUGUGAAACAUGCUGCAAGCUCAAUCUGAAAUGCCAGUACAGCCAUCAAUUGUGCUUAAUUGUUGCCUUUAUUUGUUAAUGCUUUUGACUAUUAGAUGUGGACAUAAUGCCACUUGCCACUUGAAUAUUUUGAAUCCAGGUGUGAUUCUGCACAAAUGUGCAGGCCAGUUAACACAAACAAUGAAGUAUGUUUAUUUCUGUAAAUACAGUAUUUAAAUAUUGUACAGAUUUUUAGCUAUGUUUCUGCAGCUUUAGAACCGAGAGAGAGAGAGAGAGAGAGAGAGAGAGAGAGAGUCUGUGUUAUUGUACUUCCUACAUUCAGAGUGAGGGCAUUUUGGGUGAUAAAAACAUGGUUUUAAGUUUUAGGUUACAAUUAGGUUUAGGUUAGGGUUAGAGUACCAGUGUGUGUGUGUGUGUGUGUGUGUGUGUGUGUGUGCGUGCGCGUGCAUGUGUGUGUGUGUGUGUGUGUGUGUGUGUGUGCGUGCGUGCGCGUGCAUGCGUGUUUGUGUGUGUGCGUGCGUGCGUGCGUGCGUGUGUGUGUGUGUGUGUGUGUGUGCUUUCACAUGGACAUCUCUCAGCAUUCUUCUCUCACCAGCCAUAGCAUGAGAGGUCGAAGCAGGUUUGAUUGCUCCCUUCAUUCAAAAGUGAGAGAUUGGAUGUGUCACUUCUUUUGUUUGCAAUCACAAAAGAAACUUGAAUACCUCUGUCCUUAAAAAUAGCAUUUCAGUCUUGAAAUGGUAGCAGUAUAUAAAUGUGUCCAUUCCCCUUUUCCAUCUCAUCUGCCCCAAGUUAACAUGACAACAAUGCCAUGAUGCAAAUUCAUUUGAAAUUCAGCAGCUGCCGAGCCCUUCCAGAUGUUCCAGAAGUUAUUUGCAUUUACUGCUACCACUGGAGUAUAUCUAAAUUCCAUUUGCGAGCCCACCACAUGGCUAUUGCAGACAAUCCUGUUUGCCCCAAAUCAUCUAGCUUGCUGCAGACCAAUGAGCACUGUGGAGGACAUGGGUCUGUGUGGAAUAACUUGGAUUGCAUCCUACUAAUAAGCCUAUAGUCUGACUCACUGGGUGUAGACUGUUGGUAUAAGCCAACCCUAUCUCAACAGUAUGAGAUAGGAUUAGCUAUGUGAGACUGCUACACUUAUGACUUGCCUUGAGAGCCACCACUGUAUCAAAGCUAUAAACUUGCAUAAAGACCACACAGGUAGCAGAGAAGCUGGGACAGAAUACGAUUGUUGCACUCACUGGAGGCUAUUGGACUUCCCUCAGCAAUCACAGUUACCUCAGGGUGAAAACGCAUUAUUUAGACCAGCCAUAGGAAAUAGUAGUUACUGGACACAACUCUAGUUGGAUAAAUACAUGAGUCGCCCUAUAACUACUGUGCUAAAAACUCAAUUUAAAGUACAUUUUGAACAGAAGAAAAAUGUGUGAUUAAUUUGCGGUUAGCUAUGGACAAUCAUCAGAUUCAUCGUGAUUCAAUAUUUUAAUCCAAUAACUCUAAUAAUAACUAUUAUUAGAUAUAUAUAUCUAAUAAUAUUCAGUAAAGAAAUAUUUAGAGAAUAUGAUUCCUCCAAUACGUCUCUAAUAUAAAGAACUUGAACCAUUUAAUGUAGAAUUUGUUGUUUCUUUGUGAAAGACUGAGGCAUAGUCAGCAAUAAUCAAAAGAAAAAAACACAUUUCCAGAUAAUUAUGAAAUACCAAGUUUCAGUCUCAACAAAUCCACGCUUGAAUAAACUGUGAUGUCAAUAUUCACCCUACCAGAGCAUAUGCUGCAUCCCUUUGCUCUCCUAUAGCUUUAUGCAUUUUUGACUUCCAACGUAAUUGCUAACCAUCACACUGAUUAUGAAAGAGGUCAAAUUGAAGGGGCAAUGCUGUGUGUUAACUGCUAUCAUGAUUGACCUCAGCAGGGAGAAUUGGCUGAAACAAAUCAAGCUGAUGUAGUGGCCCCAUGAUACAGUGGCUACAUUUGGCUGUGGCUAGUUUCAUCCAUUGCUAAAUGGUGUUACUUCUCAUCCGUCUGCGAGGUUAUAUAAAAGUGGAAGCUGCGACAGCCCGAACUCUGUCCAGGAACUCUUUUGUUGGCUUAUGUAGUCUCAGCGCAGUGCAAUCAUUUGUACUUUUCGGGGACAGCCUUGGCUGACAGUCUCUCUCUGAAUGGUGUGAUCAGUAGUUGGGACGAUAACUGCUGCGUAAAAAUGGGCCCGGUGUCUGUUGAGCCAAGUUACAAAAAUUGCUUAUCAAUGAAAAGCACUUGGUUUGAAGCGUACUGACGCCAUCCGAGUCCAAGCAUGGUGCAAAUGUCCACAGGUUGCACUGAUUUCAUGGAAAUGAAAAGAAAAUUGUCUGAAAUUUAAUUAUAAAAGCUGGUGUGACAAGGCCCUUACAGCUGCGACAGCACGUUAGCUUGCAACGCUCGUUUAUUUCGUAAAGAAUGCUGCACGUCCAUCCUGCUGUGGCAGGUACACUUGGAGACUUCCAGUGUAAAGCAUAUACCUGACCAUGAGUGUCACCACAAUUCGAGGAGGCAGAUGUUGUUCACAGGAUUUGCGCUAGUCUCUAAGCGAGAUGAUUAGCUUGGAGCUAGACAUUGAGCAUACUAUGAAGAGGUAACAUAUCACCAUGAUAGAUACUGAAAGAACAAUAAAACUCCUGUUUUGCCUGGUUGGUUCAAGAAAGACCAAUUAAUCUUUGAGUCAUUAGUAUUGACCAUAAGUCCCCUACAGGUACAUCAGUACUAUUGUUCCCUGGUGUUUCCAGAAUCUUGACAUCUUAAGGAUACCAGCUAGUAGCCAGUUUUUAAAGCUAUUUUCUUCGAUACAUUAUUUGAACUGUGACUCAAGGCUUGUUCCGCUUUUCAGUGUCAUUGUACAAAGUCGCACAUGAUGCUGUCUUAGGCACUCUUUCUGCAAUGCAUGUUUUGCAUGUGUCACAUAGGAAUGACUAAACAACAAGCAACAAACAAUACGUUGAUGGCUAUUACUAAUACACAAAAUCAAGAUUUACCACUGAUGAUGAUGGUGGUGGUGUUUUCUGGAAUAACCUGUGUACUCCUCAGCCUUAUCACAGUAUUGGAGACUGGCUGGGCUGUGUAUAAUACCCUACUGCUUCCUGAGCUGAUGUAGUAGAUGUUAAUGCUCAUAACUGAUGGCAGCUCUUCACUCUUUACUAAUGACUAACCUAAUAACAUUUUAUUUCUUCUACACAUAUCUGUACUCACAAAGGAUGGAUAUUAAGUGGUAGGAUUCAAUAACACCACCUUUCUAUUGUUUCUUUGGUUAGAUAAUUAUAAUGUAUUGUGUGCAACCUUGAGUAUUAUGUGGUGCACAGGAUGCUGAUAUGUAGCAGCUUUAUACUUAAAGCUAUGAUAAAAGUCUUUUGAAGCUGAUAGCGGCUUCUAUUUUCAGCCAUCAGGCAGCAUUUGACAUUUCGGCUGAAGUGUCAAAUUUUCAGUCAAUCAUGCUAAAGUCAAGUGGUUCAAUGGAUGUGAUUUGAGGUAGAGGUCUAGCCAGCUUGCAUCAUGUACAAGUAUCUGCUUAACACUAUCUAAAAUAUACAAUAAUUCAGAAAAAUUAUACUGCUAGAAUGAUUGAGCUUAUAGUUAGGAUCAUGUCAGCCACUCUGAAAUGCAACACAAUGUAUACUUUUAGUUCUUUAUUGAUGAUGCAAAGGAGAUUUUUUUUUAUCUUGAGUUACUUAAAUGUAUUGUUCUCUCUUUUUCUCGCAAUUUUCACACAGUAAUGGGUGUAUUUUGAUCAAUGCCAGGUAUUCACUGUCAGACUGUCACCAAUAAAAUGUAUGUGUAUUUCAAGGAA